AUGGUAGCUGAAAACAAGCUGUAUGAUGCUUUGAGCAUCAGCCCCACUGCAACUCAAGAUGAGAUCAAGAAGGCCUACCGUAAGGCAGCCUUGAAGUAUCAUCCCGACAAGAACAAGAACAAUCCUCAGGCAUCUGAGAAAUUCAAAGAGGUCUCCCAAGCAUACGAAGUCCUCUCUGAUCCCGAAAAGCGCAAGGUCUAUGACCAGUAUGGCCUCGAAUACCUUCUCCGCGGUGGCCCACCUCCUACGCCUGGCGGCGGUGCAGCUGGCGGUGCAGGCCCCGGCGGUAUGCCUAGUGGCUUCGACUUUGGCGGCAUGCCCUCUGGGGGCGGAAGCCGCUCAUUCCACUUCUCCACCGGCCCUGGUGGCAGUGGAGGUUUCCGAUUCCGCAACGCAGACGACAUUUUCAGUGAUUUCGCCAAGGCCGGCGGUGCUGGUGCCGGCGGUGCUGGCGGCUUUGAUGAUGAUAUCUUUUCAAUGUUGAAUGGUAUGGGUGGCAUGGGCGGAGGAAUGCCGCGUUCACGUCCCAGUGCAAGCGGCUUUUCACAAAAGCCACGUCGUGCCCCAUCGCCUGAACCUACUGUGGUUGAAACGGACUUGCUACUCACCUUGGAAGAAAUUUUCAAGGGGACUAAAAAGCAGGUUAAGACCAAGAGCAAGGCCUUUGAUGCCAGCGGAAGACGCACUGUCGAUGAAGUCACACUUGAAGCGACUAUUAAACCUGGUUUGCGUGCUGGUUCAAAGCUCAAGUACAAGAAUGUUGGGGACCAGGAAGAAGGCGGUCGACAGGAUGUGCACCUUAUCGUCAAAGAGCGACCUCACCCCGAUUUCAGACGUGUCGGUGAUGACCUUAUCACUGACGUGACUCUCACACUUAAGGAAGCCUUAACUGGCUGGGAGCGCAUUGUACGAACUAUCGACGGCAAAUCCAUUCGUAUUAAGAAGCCCGGCCCAACACAACCUGGUCACGAGGAACGAUUCCCUGGCUUGGGCAUGGUGCUUUCCCGGAAGCCCACCGACCGUGGUGAUCUUGUCGUACGAAUCAACAUCAAGUUCCCCACCAGCUUGACAGCCGAACAAAAAACAGUUCUGAGUGAUGUUCUCUGA